UUAUUUUUAUUCAUUCACUUAUUCAUUCACUUAUCGUUUGCUGUAUAUUUAGUUGGAAACAUAAAAAUGUGUUGAAAUUUUUUAUACGUGCAAAAUGUGGCAUAUUCCUUUCGUCUUUUUUUUUGUUUUUCCACUGGUUGCCUCAGUACUGGAACAAACGACAGAUCGCUAUGGCAACGUAAUAUGGGAACAGGGAAGUUACCGCAAUAGAAACGAGGUGCCAAUGCCGCCAGACUUAAAAUGGGAAAAAAAGCAUAAAAGAAGUUUUCCAACUAAUAAACGCAGUUUGGAUGUGGAUGAAGAUUAUGAGGAAUCAAAAAUUGAGAAAAACCCAUUCAAGAAAAGCUUUAUCAAAACUCACUUUUCAAUGCCCCUGGGUGUUAUUCUACCAUUAUCUUAUUCUGAAAGAGCAGCAAAUCAAGCUCAAGGAAAGAAAAACAAGAUAGCACGAAUUUCAUUUAAAGAUAAACUAGGUGCGGAAUCACAGACAUUCUCACCCAUGACUUUCGAUCAAAAUUCUGCUAGCCGAUCAUCAGUACCUAGAACAUGGGGUCACACAUGGAAAAAUUUAACACCAGAAAAUCCAACACUGUUUCGCCAAGAAAAAGCAACGGGUCGUUCUCACCUAAACGGAGCCUAUAAAAUAAGUGAGCAGGAAUUUGAAUCUGGUUUAAUGGGUCGCGGACUAGGAGGAAUGACAGAAAGAGCUCAAAACGAAAAUCUUAUGGAACAAAAGUUUGAAGAUAGCGACUCAGACGAAGAUAAUCUAGAUAACAAUAGCAGACGUUUGUUACGGAUGCAGAGAUCUAACCUUUUUCUUCCGCAUCUACAUAAUUAUAAUCAUCAAACACGAUAUGAUUUAAAGUUUGAUCCUAAAUACAUUAAUAUCAGUGAUCUUUUGUAUCCUAUGCCUUAUGAACCGUAUUCUUCAUCGUAUAAAACAUCAUCUGGAACUGGCAGUAAGUCUUCUUCUUCGUCUUCUUCUUCUUCCUCCUCCUCAUCUUCAUCAUCUAGUAAGUCAUCAUCAGGAAGUUCUUCGGGAAGUUCAUCGAGUUCUUAUCCAAAUAAAAUGAACAAAAAUAUUUACAAUAUCAACCAAUUAAAUCGUUUAAAUGAUACUCAGGUAACACCACCAUUAAAUAUCACAAGUUCUACUGGUCCGGUUAAAAUUAAUUGGCUGGGUAGAAUUUCUCAAAAUAUAGGAAAUAAAUCAGUAGACUCAAUAAUCAAACAUUUUCAACCACCCAAGGGAAGUUUGGGAAUAAAUAAGAACUAUCCUAACGAUCAUUAUAUAAACAAAGAACAUCCAUAUGACAACGGUGACUAUGAAAAUGAACCACAAUAUGGGAACAUAUUUGAUGGCGAGUUUGAUCAAAUAUAUCCGUUUCAAGUUAAUGGAAAUGCAGAUCAAUAUGGAAAACAUCUGCACACCCACGAUUUAAAUGAGAAUCAUAGUCAACAAGCUCCAUACCGUAUGCAUAACCCGCACGGAGAUUAUAUAUUAAUGGAUGAACCGAGCGAAUCUCCUGCACAAUAUUAUGAUUAUAAAAACGAGUCCGAAACACCAGCGUAUUACAAUAACCUUCAAAUUGAUGAUGGAAAAUGGACAAGAGAACAGACACAAGUGUUAAUUGAAACAUGGAAGAAGCAAAAGUCAGUUUUGCUUAAUGCAGCAUCGAGUUCUGCCGAACAUUUCAAGGUCUGGAAAAUGAUUGCAAUUGAAGUUAACAAAUAUCAACCACCAAAGACUUUGCAACAGUGCAAAAAAAAGUUUCGGAAUAUUCGCUAUAUAUGUAAAACUGCUAUGACAAACAACAGUGAUAGCGGUAAUAAAAAACAUUUCCCUUUGUUUUAUACCGAUUUUGUUGAAAUAAUUAGCGAAAGUGAACGGGUAAAAGGAUAUCAAAAAAGAUAUACCCCUCCGUUAGAUAAUGGUGCAGAUAAUGCUUCAGAUACUUCUUCGGAGUACCAUAAUAAUGAAGAUAAGUUUUACUCAACCGAGACAAAUACAAAUACAAAACAUUUUAUUGGCGAACAGUCUCCUAACAAAACUGAAACAGAAAAAAAUGAUUCUCUUCCUUCUUUUAUUGAUAUUAAUUCACACAACAAGUCUCCUUGUAGGAUAAAAACUUCACCUUGCAGAGCAAACACAUCAAAUUAUUUAGAUAAGAAUAAAAAUAAUGAUGAUAAUAUUGUUGAGUAUAAUAACGUUGAAGGGUUUAAUAGAAAACAUAAAACGGAUGUUAGCAUAAUGGGAAAGAACUAUUUAUCGCACAAAAGACAUAAAAACUCUGACGACAUUUUUGAUGGUGAAAAUAUUUCGCUUAAAACUAAUAUAAGAAAAGAAAAUUUGCAUCAGGCAAAUUUUGAUGAAGAACCUUAUCUAAAAAAAAAAUUUUUAUCAACGAGCUUUCUACCAGUUGAAAAGCAAAAUGCAACUUUUUCAGCAAAAAGUCCUGUUCCAAACAGCAUAAUACGUGAAAAUACAAAAGAGUUAUUUUCUAAUGGGUACUUAAAAAACUAUGGAAAUACUAGUAUCUUUACAUCGCCGCAACCGCAACCCCGUAAUUUGUUUAAUAUUAACGAAAGGUUUCUUGAACUGCAAGAAAAGCAAAUGCAAGUGUUUAGCGAUAUGCUUGAGCGCCACGAACAAUUUUUGCUACAACUUCUUCAGCAGCAAAGAGAGGCUGCUACCGAAGCUCAGACUCGAGACCGCGAAUUUAUGUUAAGUUUGGUCGAAAUGUUUGUAAACAAAAAAAAAAAUUAAUUAACUAAUUAAUAAACUUCUAA